CAACAACGCUGAGCUCUCGCACUUCUGCUGUCGAAAAAAUAUAGUAUUGUACAUAGUUUUACCGGCUGCCGGUCACAAGUUUUUGGAACGUUUUCGCGGCUUCCGCAGUCUGUGACUCUACGUACGUACUGCACGUUAUUCACCCACGCAGGUUAUUUGCUCGCUAAGCGAAAACACUCUUGCCAUUCUAUAAACUGCCUCUGCUUCUGUAUGAUAACGUCAAUCAGUCGAGUGGCUGGCGGCAUGCCAGCCUUCGUUGUACCUUCGUGCCUGCUUCGUGCUGUUCACGCAAUUUUAGGAAACUCUAUGGUUCACGCGUGUCCGCGAAAGGUCUAAUCGGCACCGGCAUCAAACAAUGGCUGCAACCAACGUCGGCUUUCCGGACUUGCCGCAACUGAGAACCGAGCACGAAUGAGCCGGCCGAAUCUCUUUUCUCUCGUACUGCCUUAACAGCCUUAACUACGAUAAGCGCUAACUACGGACCAUUGCUAUCACAAUGGACGUAGGCGAAGUUCGUAUCGCUGAUGAUCGAGAUUUCGAGCGCCUGAAGGUUCUGGCCGACAAGCAUGACGGCUGGAAAGUCGAGUACAAGAAGAAAGAUACGACCGUGUGGACUAAAUCAACGCAGCAGACAGAGUUCAAGAUGAUAAAGCUGCACACCGCGUACAAGGAUGUCAGUCCGCCUCUGCUCUUUGACGUGGUGAUGGAUCCACUGUACCGAAAGAAGUGGGAUGUGUACAUGCUGGAGAGUCGUGAUAUCGGAUCGUUGAAUCCUAACAAUGACGUUGGAUAUUACGCAGGUGACUGGGCAGCGCUGCGUGUUGCGAACUUUGUCGAAUUUACUUGUGACGUGAUGCCGUGUUUUUCUUGUAGUUCGGUCACCACCUCCCUUCAGAACCGGGACUUCGUCCUCCAAAGAUCGUGGCUGCAAACGGAUAAAGAGUGGCUCGUAAUAAAUCAUUCAGUGUUUCACGAGUCUGCACCACCAAAGAAGGGCUUCGUGCGGGCCAUUUCGUACCUGACUGGACUUGUAAUCCAGCCUGACGGCGGCUGUGGUUCCAAGCUGACCUAUGUAACGCAGUGUGAUCCCAAAGGCUCACUACCAGCAUGCUUUGUAAACAAGCUCACUCAAAUUUUCGCUCCGAAUAUGGCAAAGAAGUUGCGAAAAGCUUGCCUGGAGUAUAAUGAAUGGAAGAAAGCUCACCAGCCGAGCUACAAGCCUUGGCUGCACCCUGAACAGAUGAACUUGCCAAGAUUGGAUCUGUACCCGCUGCGUGAGCACAGGACAUCAGGAAUUGCAGGAGGACAUCUUGGAUGAAAGUCUCGUCGAGGAGCAGGAGAUAUGCAGUUUUGAGGACAUUGACGACCUGUAGUUGUGCUCAAGUGAGCCUGUUGAUUGGGUUUGCCAUUGUUUGUUGAUGAGAGGUGGAUGUCUAAUCCAGGGCCAUGUCUCUCUUGUCUGCAGCUAUUCGGAAUUGUUUUAAGAACUGAUCGUGUAAUACCAAAGCAAUACUGAAAGCUACAGUCUACCUGGUGCCUGUUUAUGUAGUUAAGUUUUCUAAGAGCCAAGAAACUGCUCAUAAACAGUCGCUGUUGACGUAAGCCAAAGAUAAGAGUGGCCACUCCUUUCGUGCUAACUUCUUAAAUACGUUGGAGCUCUUGCGGUGAGAACAUUCUUAUGUCGAAGUUUGUGCUGCUUGGCGGAACACCGAGUUUCAAGAAACUUGGUUGUCGAAGUGGUUUGAGCUGCUUUCUGCCGGUGAGUAAUUUGUUGAUGUGAAAUCUGUUGGGAGAUGUGAUAUCACACAGUUUCAUUUUUACCAGCACCUGUGAUGACAUCUAACCCAUGUUUCCAGUGUGAAUUUUACUCCUAUUUUUUUUUCUAACUGCUUGCAGGCCUAUGAAUGUCCUUGUUCCUUCCCGUCCGAGGCUACAGUUGGAGUGAUAUGUGAUUGGCACAUUAUUCACUAAAUAGUUAAGGUCAUUUCAUUAUAUCACACCACUGCCAUUAACACAUACACUAGCAGUAGCUGGCUGUGUUUGCAUUUUAAUGCCAGUGCAAAAGGCGCUAUAAAAAGGCAGUCAUGCAGCUUUUACACCUGCAAUGGCUGCACUGUUUGUGAGUCGUGGCUGUGUAUGUGGCUUGUGCCUAAGCAAAGAAAUCAGGCACUAAUUUUUAUCUUAACUGACCAUUGCAGAUCUCUGACAUUUCAUAAGAUUGCGUAUUAGCCAUUCCUGUUGACUACAAUCUUAAUUAUUGUACACCACAUAGUGUGUAAUAAUGUUCCGUAAAAAUAGUAGCCAGCCUUGUGUGCUCUCUUGUUUACCGCUAUGCACUCACCACUUUCCUUUGAAGAAUAAAGGGGAAUCUUCAAAUGGCCCCUCACCAGGCAUUGCUGCAAAUGUUCGGAUUUUGCACUGAGCAUUGUAAAGCGCUAUCUAGGCAGGACUUUUCUGGAACAGAUUUGAAAACGAUUCUUAAUCAUACCCUGGUUUAUGCCCAUGGAAUGCCAGAGUUUUUCUUAAGGA